CGGGACUGCUUAUUCUACUAGCGCCAAUCAAAGUAAAAGCCGAUGCCAACUUGUUAAUAUUUUAUAGAUUUUAUACGGCAGUAUUAUAGCAAAUGGCAUCGCGUGAAAAUGACAGUUUUGUUCUGUGAACGAAAAAUUAUUUUAUCGAAAUAAAAUAAAGUGAUUACUUGAUAUUUUUAUAUUUAAAAAAGCCCAAAAUUGCUCAACCACUUUUGGAAAAACGCAUAAACACAUCAGAGAUAAAAAAUAAAAAUAUUGCGAUUGUCGUGUAUUGUAUCAGAUGUUCUGUCUGUGAUAGGUCUUGUGUUAUUUUAUUUGUGUAUGUUAUUGUAAGUGCUGCAAUUAAAAUUACAAAAAUGACGGACAGUAACCCAGUAGUGAUGGCUUCAGCUAAUGGACUGGUAGACAAAUCCAAAGAACUCCAGAAGGAGAUUCUCAUGGAGAAACUAAGGUCCAAAACAUCACAGUUCAAAAAUUUAACAGAGACUUCCAAAGGCGUCCGAAUGGCUUUACUGGACAAGAGAUGGGGUAUAGACAGUGCAGAUCGUAUGAUAUUAAAGAAGUGCCUUGACAGUUUGCAGCAUUGCAUCAAAGUUAGCUCCUUGCAGAGUCUCAUUGAGCGCCUGGAGUGCUUGUCUAGACAGCUCGGACUCAAGUUUGUAGUGGGCACAUCAGGAGUGAAUCUAUUCAUAUCAUCUGAUAUGUUUUAUUUGGAAAUAUUAGUAGAAUCAUCAGGGUCAGUAAAAGAUGUUAAAAUUCAUCAUGAAGGAAAAAUUGAGCAACAGAGUUGUGAAGAGCUGGUGCAGUGUAUAUCUCGAGGUGAUUUUGCUGAUUUCACAGCGCAACUGGAAGGAUUAACAGCGGUUUAUCAACUAGGCGCUGAGAAAAAAGUAACUUACGGAACAAUUCCUGUUACGGGGGAAGUCCGCAGGGUAAAAUGUAAAGCGUUCAGCGCUUUACAGAGCUUAGAAGAAGACUUGUGUACGAUGAGACAACUUCAGAGCUUCAUCAAAGAUCCGUGGGCGCAAGUCCAUAAGAGUCCUAUUGGCUUUUUGCAAAAAAGAAGAGGAGGUCAUGCAAUGCGUCUCACCUAUUUCGUGUCUCCAUAUGAACUCUUAGACAAAGAGAAAGGCCUAAAUCCACUGACGGUAGAGCUGCUCACAAUAGGCAAGCCCACUGUUACGAGCGGCCUAGCGUCGCUGGUCGCACCUUCUCACACUCCCAUUGGUCAUUCAGCGACUGUGCUUCUAGAAGGUUCCCCGCCAAAUAAGCUGCAACUAUCGCCUAUUAUAUCAGGAGGACAGCGUCCAGGAAAAGGAAAUGGACCUGUAUACGCACAGUUGGUGCCGCAGAACAGUGCGAUGCUCCCAGCGUGCUUUACCCUGAAGCUAUCACAGCCCACCCCACUGUGCGCCGGACUGGCCAAACUUAUACACGCCACCACUGAUGUUGAAGUGGCCGGGGAUUGGAGUAAUGGGAAGCCGAUGUUAGGUCUGGUCGCCCAACAAGCGUACAACAAGCUGACGCCGGGGAAAGUUAUCGAAUUGAAUCUCAGCAAAGGACUCUUUGUGCACCUUCCGGACCAGACCCAAUGUUUCUUCCUAUGCGAGUCCCGCGGACUGGAGGGUUGUAUGGUAUCGAGUGUACCGUUCACGCACCCGUCCCACGUGGCCCCACUGCUGGCCUGUCUCAGGCAACAACAACUCUUCAACGCGCUCAUCUCUAGCUGUGUACGCACGCAGACCAAACAUUUCGUGGAGCUAGAAUCAGUGGUGAUGUUCGAGGUGAGCGCGUUGUCAUGGCAACACAUCUCAGUGUCGCUGGAGCACCCGGGCGACGAGAGCAUGGCCACGGUGGAGCUCGAGCUGAGCGACCCGGCCGCGCCGCGCGCCUCGCUCUACACGCUGCACGCCGCGCCCGCGCAACAUAUCGACGACUAUAUCACUUCCGUACUGCAAAAAACACAUUCUAUACCCAUUACGCUCAGGUCUCUUAUAAAGAUAUGGGAGCGAGAAGCGGCUAGCAAGCAGUUAAACGGCGGGUACUCGGCUUUGGAGCCAAAUUUUAGCUGUGGCCUGGGGGGCCUCGACCCGGGUGGUGACCACGUCAAGCACGAACCCGGGUCCAUGCACUCCCGGGCCAUGUAUCCGUCUAGCGUCAACCAUCCCCAUCAAGGCGGGGCAUAUCUCUCGGAACAGCAACACCACCUUUCGGUUAUGUGCCAGGACACCGCCGCUACUGACACCAAACCCACUGAGGAACGGAAAUCCAAGAAGAGAAAAUCAGAUGACGUGUGGGCUUCUGCUCAAAAGAAGGGCAAACCUUCAGGCAUCACUGAAAUGAUGGACUCAGACAGCGAGAGUGAUAACUCAGACGAGUAUGUCAAUGAAGACGAGAAUACCAACAAUAGUAACUCUACCAAUGAUGAUAUAGAGGGACGCGAGUCUUCCGUGUCUCAGAAUGAGUUCACGUCGGAUAUGGAACUGUCGGGCAUGGACGCCACCGACGCACUCGGAGCGCAGGACAACAGAACAUCGUCCGACAUGGACAACUCGAACGAUGGAGAUGUCGACGAUAUUAUCCGGAAUUCUUUUCACAAGUCUGAUCACAAAAGGCAAAAACUUAAAAGCAAAGACUCCGAAUUACGCACAAACAGAAGCACGUCUUCGCUCCUUUUGGAUUUAACUGAAGGAAAGUCUUACAUGCCUUCUUCGGUAAGCAUAACUCCUAUUGGUACGACAUCGAAUACACCCAACGCAGGCACCGGCUCCAGCAUCUCCUCCAUGUUAUGUCUGGACAGGCGGCCCGGCAUUGAAAUAAUCCCCAUCACUGCGGCCGCACCAGCCGCCCUGCCCAGCUCCAUAACAAUAACUCCAAUAACAUCAUCACAAAUGAAAACGCUUGAUGAUCGUAUUAGAUCUGAGAAGAAAUCGAGUAGGUCGGGGGAAGAGCGGAGUAAGGAAAAGAAGAAGAAACGUAGGAGGGAUGACUCAAUGGGACCGCCAGAGAAAGUACCUCCUAAACAAGACCCGCUCACUAAGCCGGUCUCGGUGAGCAUCAAACCUACUGAUGGGUCCCCUUUACGCGCGACUUCCCCAAACUCCCUUAUACGAAAAUUUAGUCCAAGCCCAACGCACGGCCGAUCUGUUUCGAUUACUAAAUCGCCGAGUCCUAGCACUGUGAAGGGGAUGGGUAAGCCGUCGGGGACAUCUAGUCACCACAAUAGCCCCAGACAUUCUCCCGUUCAGAAUAGUCCUAAACAUUUACCUGGUUAUUCGAGUCCAAAAAACCACAGCGUCUCGUCCCCUAAGCACAGUUCUUCGGGGUCGGGAAAACCAAGUAUGUCAGCUCUCAAAUCGGCGACCAGCGGAUCGCCCUCAGGUAAAUCAGGUACGACAGGGUAUGAUCUCACUAAAAAGUUAUCCAAAGACAGCUAUAGCUCUAGCUCAGUGACAUCUAGGGAUAAAGAAAAGAAACAUUCCAGUUUAUCUUUUUCUAGUUCCGAUAGGAGUAGCCCUAAAUUAAAAAAUCCAAUUAAAUUGAAACAAUUAGAAAUAACCCCCGUAACCUGUGAUAGCCCUGUAACGGAGCCUUUGAUUUCCCCACCUAACAUUGAAGUAAACAAAUCUAACGCUCCGAGCCAGGCUCGCAACAGGAAAGGUUCCCUCAGUGCUGUCAUAGACAAGCUCAAGUCUGCGCAGCACUGUGGCACAGAUUCUGAAAUCAGUGCAAAAUCUAGUAGCUCUUCCAGUAGUGCUAAGUUUUCAGAUCCAAAAACAAGUACGCCCAGCAGUAGUGGAAAACUUAGCGAUAGCAAAAAUCAGGAGUACAUGGUGAAGCCAAGCUCCGACGGUAUGAAGAUUACUAUCAAUAAAACUAGAACAAAAGAUUCUUCGAGCAGUAGUUCCAAACUAAACUACAGUAGCUCAAGUUCCAAGUCGCCCCAGCUCACUCCCCCGAGUCAAGGCUCUCCCAAAACUCACACUGGUUUGAAACCAGGGGUCAUAAGUGGUCCCGCUUCAAAAAAGACUCAAGCUAUGCAAUCUUCUAAAUCUGGGAGCGUCACCUCCGGCUCAACACCACCGAAAGCAAACAUGAGCCCUUCAGAUUCCUCCGGAUCUAGUAAUCCUAAUAUGCCCAAAGUGCCUUAUUCUAAAUCAUCAAGCACUAGUAAUGCCGGUAUAAAUCUGUCGAAAUCUAGUUCUAAAUCUAGUUCUGGAUCCCCCAAGAGCAGUAGCACGGACCUCGCCAAGAUUAUUCGAGACAGAGAAAGAGAGAAGGCCAGGACUAAACUCAUGACUAAUUCGGAAAAAUCUAUUUUUUCUUCUAAAUCAGAACGGCAUUCCAGCCCCAGCGGCUCUAGAGAUGAAGUAGACGGGGAACGGUUUAAGGGGUCCAAAGAAUCUAACUUUCUAGUAGAAGGCUUGAUCAAGCCUCUCGAUACAAGUAAAUUUCAAAUACCAAAAUUGAAAAACCAAAAUACUCCAGACAAGAACAGCCCUGCGAGUCAGUACGAUCAAAGAUCAUUGGUUAACGACUUUGCUCGUUCACUGGAACAAAGUAAAUAUCCAUUUCCUCACUUCGACAAUCAAGGAGCCAGAACGACUGACUCGCUGCAAAAGUCGGCCUACCCGUUAAAUGUGCCAAAGCCACUGCUCAAUAUGGGUAGCAUGAGCCCUAAAACUAUACCGCCUGGAAAAAACGAUCAGUCUGAUCGGCCUCUAGAAUUUUCUAAGGCCAUGGCUGAAAGUAUAUCAAAAGGGGAAAGCCCUGUGAGAAAUAAGGACGACUCGAAAGAUGGUUUUACGUCGUCAUUUCCUAUUAUGCCUUUGGAUUUUAAAACGGAAAUGGCAAAGGGGUUUGCUGCUCCAAAAGGUAGUUCGGAAGACAGGAAAGGCGCUGACUCAUGCAUGAAGCCGCCAGCAAGCGGUGCAGUGGCACGAAGUGGAGCAACGACUCCGCAGGAAGCCGCUGAGAUGUUACUGGACUUCUCUUCAUCGUCGGGCAGCAAGGUGUCUGGCUUGGUGGCCGUGCGGCCGGUAUACCCGUCCUCGCCGGCUCUCGCCCUGCAGCUGGCUAAAAGCCCCGCGCCGUCGCCGCUCGUGGCACCCUCGCCGCACUCUAACUCGCCGUGCAUCACCGACGACGAACUCAUGGAUGAAGCGCUCGUGGGUCCCGGCAAAUGAGUCUCAGUGUACAAUCUCGCACUACCGCAGGGCGAGACUUCGGGUUUUAUAACCACGUACGAAUAAACUUUAACGUGAACAUUAAUGAAUAUAUUGUUUACAACUCAAUAAUUAUGAUUCCUUGGGUAAUGUUAUUGAACGAUAUUUAUUUAUCAAGUAAAUUAUUCGUAAUUUUCUCUCUAUGUAAAGUAGUUGCUGAUUUUUACUUUAAUGACCUUGUUCUUUUAUUGUCUAAGGAAAUUUGUGAUUCAAAAACUAAGUGAUCGAAUAUCAUAUUUGUGUCAUACUUUACAAAUGUAAUGUAAAAAAGACGAUUGUUAAUCCAUGCACAGUUGCAAAUGAAAGAAUCACUGAUCGCAACUGCCAUGAGAAUAAUCCAAUUAGUGUACAAUGUUUUUCUAAGUUAGGUACCUAUUGCAUGUAUAAAAUGCAAUUAUAACCAAUCAAUGUAAAUAGAUAAAAUAAUAUAAUGAUAUUGAAAUGAUUUUGUUGGGAAGGCAAUUGUGCUUAUAGAUUUUGUAGAAAUAAAUAUGAA